AUGGAGAGCAAGGAACUUUCUGCUGCAAAUCCAAAGAACUGUGCUGAUCUACUCACUGCUAUGAGCAUUUACAGCUCUGCUGCUCAGUCUUCAUUGUGCUGCUACAAAGAGGCGAUUAAGAAAAAGAUCACCAUGGUUUCCUACGGAGCUGAAAGGCAGGCAAGUGCCUUUAAUAAAGUCUCCUUGUCAGCUGAACCAGUUCACAAGGUGGAUCACCAACAGCAGCAAAAUGUGUUAAAGAAGAUGUGCAUGCCUGUUCUGGGAAUUCCUGAUAACAGACAUGGCUUUGCCAGCUUUGAGGAGAAAAACAGUAAUUCUUUGCUUGCAUUCAGUGGAUUCACUCCCUCUGUAGGGCCAAAUUACCCUUUCUUCCUACUCAGGGAUGAUGUGUUUUUGGUAGAUCUCUGUUUAGGUUUUGGGAGUACAGGAACAGAUACUGACCUGCAGCCCAGUGUUGGAAUAGCUAUUGAAUCAGCUUAUGAAGAAAUUCCUUGGAAUAACAGAUUACCUUCAAAAAUCCAGCCUCUAUAACCAACAGUGGGAAUGCUGGCUGAUCCUGUUUCACAGUGUUUCACAAAAUGGAGAUAUAGUCCUGAGCCUGGAAUACACCAAAUCAGUGAACAAUUUCUUGCGUUCUGGGACAGAUUUCAAAUGCAAUCUUUUACUCCUUCACAGAGACCUGUUGAUUUUGUAAGCUAAAGGUCUCAAACCUGUCAUAUCCCUUUGUACAGUGGCUGUGUUGGUGCAGUAAGUUUUGAAGACACUGACAAUGCUGAUGCAGACUUAAUGCCACUUAACCAUGUGCAAACUUCAAAGCCUUGUUACACAAGCUCUACACACACUUCAAAUAUCCCUGGAUAUACUGGCAAGGUUCAUUGGUCAGCAACUCACCCGGAAAAUUCUAAUCUUCCAUCAAUAACCGCAUCAAUAAUUGCACAAAUGCAUGGAUAUGUAUGAGGUAAUCCCAAGGUGAAGUCAGAAAAUCAGGUUUUGAAGUC